AUGAAAGAGAAGAUGCCGGGAAAAGACAAGUAUAAAAAGAAAAUUGCAAGAGGGAAAAACAUGACAGGUAGAAGACCAAAGGACGACGUAACAGAGGAAGGAAACACAGAUCAACAAAAGCUGAGUUACACAGUACAGAUAGCAAAGGAAGAGGUGAGUCGAAAGUGGAUAACACGAGAGACACUGCAGCUGGACAUAAAGGACGUGGACCGAAAAGGCAAGGGAGACGAGGUGAUGAAAAACCCAAGAGACACAAUGGAGAAAGAGAUAUGGAUUUGGUGGGGAAACAAGUUCGGUGAGAAGAAGCCACCACAGACAUGGGUCGAGUUUAAGGAAGAAGUUGUGAAGAACUUUAUGAGUGCAGAGCAGAAGGAAAUGCCAGAGUUACUACAAGACGUAGGAGAGUCGAUGAAAGAUUGGUUGGAGCGUGUGGAAAAAGUAGGAAACAAGCGAGGAAUAAGUCAGAAAGAAAUCAAGAAGUGUAUGUGCCGAGGAUGGUCGAACAUGAAGAUGAGGAGAUUGAUGAUGAAGGACGAGUUGUUGAAACGAGACAUGGAGGAGUUCAAACAGGAGGUUAUCAGGAUGGACAGGGAGACCAAAAGAGAUAAAACAACGCAGGGCAAAAGAGACAGUCGAGGUAGCGGGAAAAGCAUAAAGUGCUUUAAGUGCGAGAAGGAAGGUCACAUAGCAAAGAAUUGCACAGAAGUAGUCAAGUGA